AUGUCUUUCAAGGUCAAGGCCCUGUACGAGUACUCCUCGCCGCACGACGAUGACCUGAAUUUCCCAGUCGGGCAGAUCAUUACUGUCACGGAAGAGGAGGAUGAAGACUGGUACACCGGAGAGUACCUCGAUGAGGCUGGAGCUAAGCAUGAGGGCAUCUUCCCUAGGAACUUCGUCGAGAAGUACGAGCCAGUCGCCCCGCCUCGCCCGACUCGGACGAGACCCAAGAAGGAACCCGAGCCUGCCCCCGAAGAGAUAGCCGCUGCUCCCGAGGAGCCUGCUCCGCCGGCAUUCUCCCCCAAAUCCGCUGCGCCAGAGCCGGCGGCCGCGCCGCAGGAGGAACACCAGCCUGCUUCUCCGCCUCCAUUGCCCACUGAGCCCAGGUCUCCCGUUGCUGCUCCUGCUCCUCGUGCACCCGAGCCCGCUGAGCCAGCUGAGCCCGAGCUCCCCUCGUCGCCUCCCCGCGCCCCCGCAGCAGAGUCAGUUGCUCAGUCUUCACCAAAGGCCGCACCCGCUAAGAAGGGGCCGCCUCCCGUGUCGCAAAAGCCGGCCAGCAGCGCUUUCAAGGAUCGCAUUGCUGCUUUCAACAAGACUGCUGCACCACCAAUCGCCCCCUUCAAGCCUUCUGGGCUGGGCGGCGCGUCCGGCGCCGCCUCGUUUAUCAAGAAGCCCUUCGUCGCUCCUCCUCCCAAGGGUAACACCUACGUUCCGGUCCAGCGGAACACUCCAGUGGCUCCUGUCUAUCGUCGAGACGAAGAUCCUGAGAUCAAGGAACGGGAAGCUGAAAAUGAGGAGACUGCUCAGAAGGCCGGUUUGAUGCCCACUGAAUCGAACGAGGGCGAUGAGGAUCAGCCCAAACCUUUGAGUCUGAAAGAACGGAUGGCACUGCUUCAGAAACAGCAGCAAGAGCAGGCGCAAAGACACGCAGACGCCGCUGCCAAGAGGGAGAAACCGAAACGCCCGGCAAAGCCUCGCAUGCCCAGCCACGAACCCGCUGCCGCCGAGGGCGCUGACGAGGAGGAAGCCGCUCAGCCGCCGCCGCUGGAUCGCACCGACACGGGUGGAACAGGAGGCAGAGCGUCCAUUGACGAGUCGCAUCCUCCAAGAGUGCCUGCGCAGCCUCGCCGCAAGCCAUCCAAGGGUCCUGAGCCUAGAGACGGAAACGAGGCGGACUUGUCUGGCGCUGGUGAGACGACGGAAGAUCAGGCCGAUCUUACCGAACGCGAAGAUAGCGAUGAGAAGCCCCGGCGCCCCUCUCGGGUGGCGACAGAAACGGCUGCAGCCGAAGAAGAACCCGAGGAGGCCGAAGAAGAGGAAGAGGAGGAAGAAGAUGAGGAAACCAAGGAGUUCCGGCGCAAGGAGGAGCUUCGGGCAAGAAUGGCGAGACUGGGUGGCGGCAUGGGAAUGCCUGGCAUGUUCGGUAUGCCGGCCCUUGGCGGUGCCCCCUCGUUGCCUCCAAAGAAGAAGAAGCCUUCUACUUCCGAGAGACGUCCUAGCGAGGACUCCCUACCGCUCGCUUCUCCGGGACACGCACCUCCCGUCCCCAUGAUGAUGCCUCUGCCAGGCUUGGGCGGUCCCCGGAAAUCCGAAGACAAGACACCGGUAACGGAGGAGCCGCCUGUUGCUUCUGAUGAUGAGGAGGACGACGAACCAGUCGCACGCAGUCCCCCAGCCGUCCCGACCAGCACCUCUGGUGCCCCCCCAAUUCCAGGCGGGCGUCCAGCACCACCCCCUGUGCCUGCGGAAUCCCGGGCUCCCCCACCUGCUCCUGUAGCAAAUCUUGCCAGGUCUGAGGGGUCUGAAUCGGACGACGAGCUGUCAGGGCCUGGGGCGUUAGAGACGCCACGAGGUGAAGAGGCUCCAGUGACUCGAGCACCGCCGCCACUGCCUCCUGUAUCUGCGCCUGCACCACCUGUGCCUACGUCUCCUCGGGUGCCAACAUCUCCUAGAUUUUACGGUGAUGAUUCUACGCCGGUGUCACCAUCCAGCAAGAGGGCCAGUCGACCUCCGCCUCCUGUCCCAGGCACAGCUCCAGCCCCUCCAUCUCAAACUAGACCACCUCCACCACCUCCCCCUGGCGGGUUGCCGAGGACGUCGAUUUCCUCCGACCGUCCAGGAUCUUCGUCCAAACCAUCCGCCCUUCCAGAGGAUAGUAAUGAAGGGGAGGUCACAGAGUACGACGGAGAUUACGACACAGACAUUGCUUCCUCUGUGCCGCAUAAGGAUGCUCUGAAGUCCCAUGGGCGGGAGUCAAGCAUUGAGGAUACUAUUUCAGUUGCAUCGCCGAAGGAAGCACCUCCCUCACUGCCGCCGCCCAUUCCCUCUGCUGCUGCCCCAAGAGCUGUGCCUCCACCGCCUCCUGUGCCGAGCCAGCCGCCGCCAGACAGUCGACCAGACACUCGACGGUCUGUCGACGCUCCUCGAGCAGCGCCCCCGCCACCUCCACCCACAAAAGCCCCGACACAGGAUGACGAUUAUGACCCUUACAACUACACCGCCGCUGCGACGUCUCCUCCGAUCCCUGCUGCGCCAAGCUUUUCUCAGCCGCCGCCGCCUCCUCCUCGUCCGGAGGAUGACUACGACGAGCCCUCUUACCAGGCCGAGCACAGGGCUGCUCCAGUUGCUUCAGCCGGUCGACCUGCGCCUACUUCUCGCGGCUCACUAGAUGUUCGUACGUCUAGACGAUCUGUGGAUAUGCUGAACAGGCCGUCCAUGGAAUCCGGCUUCGUUGCCAAUGACGUUGACCUGGCCCCUCAGUCCGGAUGGUGGAUGCAACCAAACAGUCUUCCACCACAGUUGCAGGGCCGUAAGGACAUUUUCUUUGAAUCUGAUGAGUCUCAGUCCACUCAGCGUGGCACCAAAACGACUGUGACUCGAGACAUCUACGUUUUAUUCCAAGACUACUCGCAGACUGUCAUCACCGCGCGCUUUGACCCUCAGGAUGCAAAGGAUGUCCACUUGGAGCAACGCCAUGAGAGUCCUCCUCGAAGUCUGCGACAAGACCAGCUUGAAGAAUCAUACGAACGUUUCGGCCGCCCACUCUCUACAGCUGUGGCCGGAAAGAAAGACACUGUCGUUGGCGAUGGUACGCCACAGUCGCUUGUGCUAGAAUUACUUAAGCCUUACAAGGAUGCUCUCUUGCCCGUGGGCACUCGCGCAUACGGCGCACUCGUUUAUUCUAACCUCGCCAAUGCCAGCACAACACAAGCCGACCAGAUCCGGCCAGGCGACAUCAUCAGCAUCCGCAACGCCAAGUUCCAAGGCAAGCACGGCCCCAUGCACGCCAAGUACAGCACAGAGGUGGGAAAGCCUGACCACGUCGGCAUCGUCGCCGAGUGGGACGGGACCAAGAAGAAGGUGCGCGCCUGGGAGCAGGGCCGCGAGUCCAAGAAGGUCAAGCAGGAGAGCUUCAAGCUCGACGACCUGCGCAGCGGCGAGGUCAAGAUCUGGCGCGAGAUCGGCUCCGCGUCCCUGCCGAUGAGGUGCACCGGGGUGUGGUGCCCCGGCAACAACAGCGGCGCGAGCACCCCGGCGAGCGUCUCAUCGGCGAAGUUUUCUGGGCACCGGUCCACGGAGCGGUCCAGCGGGGCCCGCUACCUCGACGGUUUUGUGCGGCGGAGCCUCCAGGGCAGCCCGAGGGGCAGCUUCGACGGGAACCCUUGGUCUUAG